AAAAAACGCUCAACAAAUCAGUGAAAAUGUCAAAAACAAUCCUCAUCACCGGUGCCACUGGAAAACAAGGCGGAGGGGUAAUCAAUGCCCUCCUCGCUCAAGACGCAGAUGUCGAGAUCCUCGCUGUAACCCGGAAUACUUCGUCCGGAAGUGCACAGAAUUUGCAGCAAAAGGACCCUUCGAAGAUUAAGCUAGUUGGGGGGAAUCUGGAUUAUCCGGAGGGUAUCUUUGCGAAUGCGAAGAAAGUCACCUCGCAGCCUAUUUGGGGGGUGUUUGCUGUCCAGUCCCCCAUCCCCGGAAGUUCCGACCAAUCGCGCGAAGAAAACCAAGGCAAAGCGCUCGUCGACGCAGCGCUGAAAAACUCCGUCCAACUUUUCGUCUACACCUCCGUCGACCGCGGCGGUGACGAAGCCUCUUACGAUAAUCCAACACCUAUCCCACACUUUAUCAGCAAGCAUAACAUAGAGCACCAUCUUGUCGAACAGGCAAAGGGUACGAAUAUGUCCUGGACGAUUCUCCGCCCCGUGGCGUUUAUGGAUAACUUUACGCCGGACUUUGCUGGGAAGGUAUUUACGACGGCGUGGAAGAUUGCUGUUCAGGAUAAACCGCUACAGCUAGUCUCUGUUGAGGAUAUAGGCUUCUUUGCCGCGCAGGCGUUUUUGAAUCUUGAAAUUUAUAAAGGGAAGUGUAUUUCGCUAGCAGGUGAUGAACUUACAUUUGAGCAGUUCGGGAGGGUGUUCAAGGAGAAGACUGGGGAUGAUCUGCCCAUGACAUUCGAGUUCGUGGCACACAUAUUGUUGUGGUGGAUGCCGGAUUUCGGGGAGAUGCUUAAAUGGUUUCAUCAGAAGGGUUAUCGAGCUGAUAUUAAGGCGUUGCGGAAUUUGCAUCCGGGGAUGAGGGAUUUUGGGGCGUGGCUUAGGAUUGAGAGUGGGUUUGAGACAAAGUAGCUUUUCUUUCUUUCUUUCUUUCUUUCUUUUUUUUUUUUUUU